AUGAUUCGUGGCAUCCUAUGCUCCGUGAGUUUUUUUCUCCUCAGCCUCGGGCAAACGGCAAUUGUGCCUCUUCCUUCAAGCACCGGACCAUGCGACGUCACGCUUCAUACACGCGAACUAGUCGACUUGUCUCGAAUCGAUCCAUACGACCCAAAAGGGGGCAAGCGUUCUAUCAUGGUAACCGCCUUUACACCUGUCAAUUGCGGCACUGUACUCGCCACAUCGUACAUUCCGAAUGCAACAGCCAGUUAUUAUGAUAAGCUUUUCAAAUCUCUUGGGCUUGGACUACCUCCCGGAACAUUCGAGUCCCUUCGUAUCCAGACUCAGCAGCAGUCACCGCUUUCCAGACGUCGCGGAAAUUAUCCAGUUGUGCUUUUCACACCAGCUGUGGGCUUCUCAAGAUUGAUGUACACAUCGUUGCUUCAAGACAUUGCCAGUAACGGAUUGGCCGUUGUCUCCGUCGAUCACCCGUAUGAUGCUGCCAUAGUGGAAUUCCCUGAUGGCCGCACGGUUCUCGGAGUACUCGGAAAUAUCAGUACAGAUGCAGAAUAUGUUUCAGCAAUGGAUGUUCGUGUUCAAGACAUGAGAUUUUUACUUGAUCAAAUUCACGACGAAAAAGUGAUCGGAGACAUAUUCCCUUUGUCACUGGAAAAUUCGAGUCUACUUUCUCUUGACCGGGUGACGAUCGUCGGUCAUUCCUUUGGUGGAGCAACAGCAGCGCAGGCCAUACUCGUUGACAAUCGAUUUGUCGGGGGUAUCAAUCUAGAUGGUAAAAUGUAUGGGUCUGUCCUGGACAAAGGCCUGUCAAGUCCGUUCCUGCUUUUCGGAAACGCAAACCACACCCAGGCAACAGACUCCAGCUGGGCAACAUUUUGGUCACAUCAACGAGGAUGGAAACUUGAGCUACAACUCGCACAGUCGAAACACUAUUCUUUUUCUGACUUUCCUGUGCUUGCCGAUGCUCUGAGUAUCUCGGAAGAAGCUAGAGAAGUUGUUCAGGCCAGCUAUACUGGGACGAUAGGCGGUUUGCGUGCUAAGGACGUGGUAGCUUUAUACAUCAUUGCCACACUGCGGUACUUUAUUUAUGGGCACAAGUCAGAUUUACUCAGCGGCCCUUCUGUGACAUAUCCUGAUGUGACCUUUGUGUCUUCCUGA